UUUAUUGAGCAUGGAACAGGAAGAUGUAUUGGAGGGAGAUUGUAAGAAGUGGAACUGCAUCUACCCGGCCUAUAUAAACUCUAGUCGGUCAUUAAAGAGAGGAAGGAGGAUACCAAAAGGAGUGGCUGUUGAGAACCCGACAUGUCAGGAAAUAGGGGAUGUAAUCAAGAGUCUGGGACUGCAACACGAGAUUCAGCCCAAGAAGCACUAUACUAGGGAGUUGGACCGGGAGCGCUGGCAACUUGGACGGGUAAAAGUACAGUUAUUGGACGAGGAGGGGUUACCAUUACACGAGACAAUUAAAUCAAAAGGAGAGCUAAUGCAGUACGUAGCUACCAUGAUACCCAAACUUAAAUCCAGAUCGGUCAAGGCGCCUGACCAACAGCAAGCGAGCUCGUCUGGUAAAAACAAGAAGAAGAAAGGGAAGAAAUAGCGAGACUGGACUAUGAAGUACUUCAGGGGAAUGUGAUAUGAAUCUUCUCUGUUUUAGAUCCCAAUCUCAUUUGGGAUACUCAGAAAGUUAUUAAAUCUUACCCUAAUUGAGGACACCAACAUUUCUGCCACAUUUUGAUUAUUCCUAUUUUAUUGAAUUUUAUUCAAGUAUUGAUUUCUUUGAACGAUUUGACACGGGUAUAGAA